AUGGAAGGAGGCAACAUCGAGUCCGGCAACAACAUGGGUAUUUUGGAAAUCCCUUCAUCCGAAGACGAUAAUCCGAAUGACAUGAGUUUACAAGAAGGAACUGAUAUUAUUGUGCCUAGUGUUGGAAUGAAGUUCCAAGAUGAGAAUGAGGUGUUCGAAUUUUACAAGAACUAUGCAUACCAAGUCGGAUUUCCAAUGAGGAAAAGAAAUUCAAGGAAGGGUGAGGAUGGGGUUGUGCGUUAUGUCACUUUCACAUGUAGUCGGGAGGGCCGUCGAAGUACUGGCUCAAAUUCAAUCCUGAAGCCUCAACCAACAAUGCAAACAGGAUGUAAAGCAAGAUUGACAGCAUGUUCAAAUCUAAGUGGCUCAUGGCGUAUUAACACUGUUCAUCUGGAGCAUAAUCACAAAACAAGCCCGUCGAAAUCAAGGAUAUAUCGCUGCAAUCGAGAAAUCAGUGCACGUGUGAGAAGACAGCUUGAAAUAAAUGACGUAGCUGGUAUACCAUUACAUAAGAGUUUUAACUCAGCCGUGGUUGAAGCCGGUGGUUAUGAAAAUAUUAUGUGCAUUGAGAAAGAUUGUAGAAAUUUCAUUGAUAAAGUCCGACGGUUAAGACUGGGUGAAGGAGAUGCUCUUGCAAUACAAGCUUAUUUUACGAAGAUGAAAGCACGCAGUCCUGGUUUCUUCUUUAGCAUAGACUUGGAUGAUGAGGCCCGACUGCGGAACGUGUUCUGGGCAGAUAACAGGUGUAGACAAGCGUGCAAGGAGUUCGGUGAUAUAGUUACAUUUGACACCACGUAUUUGAUUAACAAGUACGAGAUGCCUUUCGCUCCUUUUGUUGGGGUAAACCACCAGGGACAAUCAACUCUACUCGGAUGUGGCUUGCUAUCUAAUGAAGACACAAGGACCUUUGUAUGUCUAUUCAAAACCUGGCUUGAAUGUAUGCAUGCUCGAGCUCCAUGUGGGAUAAUUACAGAUCAAGACCGUGCUAUGCAAAAUGCAAUUGAAAUCGUGUUCCCGAACACAAAGCAUAGAUGGUGUCUGUGGCAUAUUCUGAAAAAGUUACCAGAAAAGUUUGGGGGCCAUAGACAUAAAGCUUCCAUUCUUGCUACCGUUCAUGCAUUGGUAUAUUAUGUGCAAAGUUGCGAGAAAUUUGAACAAGGAUGGAAUAAUAUGCUCGCCGAAUAUGACUUGUUAGAACAUGCUUGGUUGAGCAGCCUGUACAAUGAAAGAGGUCGAUGGGUACCAUGCUUUUUGAAAACCUCAUUUUGGGCCGGUAUGUCAACCACGCAACGGAGUGAAGGUAUUAAUGCAUUUUUUGACGGCUAUGUUCAUUCGAAAACAUCUCUGAAGCAGUUUGUAGAGCAAUAUGAGCGUGCCUUGAAAAGUAAAGUUGAAAAGGAGUUUCAAGCGGACUUCAAAUCAUUUUCACAAAUGGUCCCAUGUGCGACAAGGUACGACAUGGAAAGGCAAUUCCAAUCAGUUUACACCAUCGCGAAGUUCAAGGAGUUUCAAGAACAAUUUACAGGAAAGAUGUAUUGUGAAGUCUUAGGACUUAAUGAGACGUACUUGCAUACUACGUACGAUGUACGUGAGGACAUUAUUCUGAACAACUGUAUGAAGACAAAAAUCUUUAAAGUGUGCUUUCGUAGAAAUGAAUGCGAGUUUGAGUGUAGUUGUCACCUGUUCGAGUUCAGAGGAAUUAUUUGCAAGUACGCGGUGACGGUUUUGAUUCGAAACCAAGUGCACUUAGUUCCUGAGAAGUACAUUCUGAGGAGAUGGAGAAGGGAUGUGAACAUAUUGUACAUAAGGGUUCCGAUUACGUAUGAUGGUUGGGUUAGUACUCCAGACCAAAUUAGAUAUGAGGAAAUGUGCAAUGCAUUUGCGAAGUUAGCGGACAUCGUAGCACACGAUGAGUCACGGUCACGUGGUAUCAUGGAAUGGAUUGAAAUCCAAACAAAUGAUUCUUCCAUGUUGAAGUAUAGUAGCGUGGGCUCUCAACGCUUGGAUGAAGCCUGA